UUCCGGGCGCCCGUAGCGGGGCGGAGCCGCGCGCCGAGGCUGCCCGGUCGCGCCGGUGUGUGGGCGGCGCGUAGGGGGAGCGGAGCGGGCGGCCAUGGCGGCGGGCAGCGCCAUCCAGAUCCCCAGCCGCCUCCCGCUGCUGCUCACCCAUGAGGGCGUCCUGCUGCCCGGCUCGACCAUGCGGACGAGCGUGGAUUCGCCCCGCAACAUGCAGCUGGUGCGCAGCCGGCUCCUGAAGGGCACCUCGCUGAGGAGCACCAUCAUCGGCGUCAUCCCCAACACCAGCGACCCCACCUCCGACUGCGACGACCUGCCCUCCCUGCACAGGAUUGGCACUGCUGCCUUGGCAGUUCAGGUGGUUGGUAGCAACUGGCCAAAGCCACAUUAUACGUUGCUGGUUACGGGCCUCUGCCGAUUCCAGAUCCUGCAGUUGCUGAAAGAGAAGCCGUAUCCUAUUGCUGAAGUCGAACAGUUAGAUCGACUUGAGCAGUUCACUAAUCAGCAUAAAUCUGAGGAGGAACUUGGAGAGUUGUCAGAACAAUUCUACAAAUAUGCAGUGCAGUUGGUUGAGAUGCUGGAUAUGUCCGUUCCUGCAGUUGCAAAGCUGAGACGUCUUUUGGACAAUCUGCCUAGAGAAGCUUUGCCAGAUAUACUGACUUCUAUCAUCCGUACAUCCAACCAAGAGAAGCUUCAGAUUUUAGAUGCUGUUAGGCUGGAAGAACGGUUCAAGAUGACUAUACCAUUGCUCGUUAGACAGAUUGAAGGUCUGAAGCUGCUUCAGAAAACAAGAAAACCCAAACAGGAUGAUGAUAAAAGGGUUGUAGCUAUUCGGCCUAAUAGAAGAAUCAAUCACAUUCCCAGCACUACAGAAGAUGAGGAGGAAGAAGAAGAUCAUGAUGAUGUUGUCAUGCUGGAAAAAAAGAUUAGAACAUCCAGUAUGUCAGAACAAGCUCUUAAAGUUUGUCUUAAGGAAAUAAAGAGAUUAAAGAAGAUGCCUCAGUCAAUGCCUGAAUAUGCAUUGACAAGAAAUUACUUGGAACUGAUGGUAGAAUUGCCAUGGAACAAGAGUACAAAAGAUCGCCUUGAAAUUCGUGCAGCUCGAAUUCUUUUGGAUAAUGAUCAUUAUGCUAUGGAGAAGUUGAAGAAGAGAGUUUUGGAGUACUUAGCUGUCCGACAGCUUAAAAACAACCUCAAGGGACCCAUUCUUUGUUUUGUGGGGCCCCCAGGAGUUGGUAAAACUAGUGUUGGAAGAUCAAUUGCAAAGACUUUGGGUCGAGAAUUCCAUAGAAUUGCUUUAGGAGGAGUCUGUGAUCAGUCCGAUAUUCGAGGCCACAGGCGCACCUAUGUUGGCAGUAUGCCUGGCAGAAUAAUCAAUGGACUGAAAACUGUUGGGGUUAACAAUCCAGUAUUCCUGUUAGAUGAGGUUGAUAAAUUGGGGAAGAGCUUGCAGGGGGAUCCUGCAGCAGCCUUGCUUGAGGUCUUGGAUCCAGAACAAAAUCACAGCUUCACCGAUCACUACUUAAAUGUAGCCUUUGAUCUGUCCCAAGUCCUUUUUAUAGCUACAGCCAACACCACAGCUACAAUCCCACCUGCUCUGCUGGACAGAAUGGAAAUUAUUCAAGUUCCAGGAUACACACAAGAAGAAAAAAUUGAAAUUGCACAUAGACACUUGAUUCCUAAACAGCUUGAACAACAUGGCCUGACUCCACAGCAAAUACAGAUUCCACAAGUAACCACUUUGGACAUAAUUACCAGAUACACUAGAGAGGCAGGAGUCCGCUCUCUGGAUCGGAAGCUGGGAGCUAUUUGCAGAGCAGUGGCAGUGAAAGUGGCAGAAGGACAGCACAAAGAAACAAAGCCAGAUCGUGCUGAAGUGGGUGAAGGAGAAGAUUGCAAAGAGCAUGUCACAGAAGACACAAAAACAGAAUCCAUCAGUGACACAGCUGACCUGGCUCUGCCACCUGAAAUGCCAAUUUUAAUUGAUUUCCAUGCUUUAAAAGAUAUCCUGGGGCCACCCAUGUAUGAAACAGAGAAAUUAGAAGAGAUUGCUCUUUAUGCAAAUGACUUUAUUGUGUCUGAACGCUUAAGUCAGCCAGGAGUAGCCAUAGGAUUGGCUUGGACUCCCUUAGGGGGAGAGAUCAUGUUUGUAGAAGCUAGUCGCAUGGAUGGAGAAGGUCAGCUUACUUUGACUGGUCAACUCGGAGAUGUCAUGAAGGAGUCAGCACAUCUUGCAAUUAGCUGGUUGCGCAGCAAUGCAAAGAGAUAUCAGCUAACCAACGCUUCUGGAAGUUUUGAUCUCCUUGACAACACUGACAUCCAUCUGCACUUCCCAGCUGGAGCUGUCACAAAAGAUGGACCAUCUGCUGGUGUUACCAUAGUAACCUGUCUUGCUUCACUCUUCAGUGGGCGGCUGGUGUGUUCAGAUGUAGCCAUGACAGGAGAAAUUACACUAAGAGGCCUUGUUCUUCCAGUUGGGGGAAUUAAAGACAAAGUCCUGGCAGCACACCGAGCUGGGCUGAAGAGAAUUAUCAUUCCUCGACGAAAUGAAAAAGACCUUGAAGAAAUUGCAGUGAAUGUACGGCAAGAUUUGACUUUUGUUAUGGCAAGCUGUCUCGAUGAAGUUCUUAAUGCAGCUUUUGAUGGAGGAUUUGCAGUUAAGCCCAGAGUUGAGCGUUUGAAUAGUAAACUUUAAGCAGACAGGCUGAGAUUACUUCUGUACGUCAAAUUUAAGAGAGAUGACUAACUAUCAGCUACGUAUGUAUGAAGUAUCACUACAAACUAAACUUGAUUGUUUAAAUGUGGGUGUAAAUGGAAUCAAAAUAAAAGUAUUACCUUCAGCAGUUAACAACCUGAAA